AUGGUGUUAAAUAAAGGAGUAUUACCUCCAGGUUAUAAGUUUAUGCCAAGCGACAAACAAAUAAUUAAAGAUUAUCUGGUUAGAAAGGUCCAAAACACUCUCCCGGAUGUUAGUUGGUUUAUCUUGGAGAAAGACAUCUACAGGUAUUCAAAUCCGUUCCUCCUGUUUCAAGAGAUCCAGAGAAACCAAGGAUACUUUUUCACUCCCAUAACCAAAGUGAGUUCAUGUGGUAAGAAUGUGAAUCGAAAAACCGGAGAUGGAACAUGGAGUGGACAAAAACCAACAACCCUAAAAGAUGAUGAUAAAAAACCAAUUGGAACGAAAAGAAUGUACAACUUCGAAUGGAAUGUUCCCAAGGAAAAGAAACGUGAAGUUGAACGUGAGAAGGGUCACUGGAUCAUGCAUGAAUAUUCGUUGCUCCCCGAUUAUUACACAAACAACAAUAUAAAGGCGGAUCCCGAGUAUGUUUUGUGUGAGAUUAGAUGCAAAAUACCGAUAUUCGACGUCCAUGGAGUACGACAAAAACAACCACAAUCUCAACCUGUAGCAAAGAGGCAACGAACAUCUCCCUCAACGGAUGCAGUGCCUGCUGUAGAGCCACCAGCUAACAAUAGAUCUUCAAUAUCAUGGGUUCCAUCACCACUGCCAGCAGAAACAUCUACAUCAAAAUUUGUGGAUUUAGAGGCAGCACCAGUUUUCAAUAACGUAGAAUCAUCAUCAGAUUGGGUUGCAUCAUCACCACCAGUUUUCAAUAACGUAGAAUCCCAUUUAAACAACGGAAAAUUAUCAGAAGCAUCUGCACCAGUUUUCAGUAACGCAGAAUUAUCAGAAUGGGUUCCAUCACAACCACCGGCAAUGAAGACAACGGAUCCUUAUGUGCCUGUGCCAGUACCACCUGCACCAACAAGCUCCCUCGACUGA